AUGGCUGAUCCUGACGCGCCCGGCCAGUCUAAGAGAGCUCGUUUGGGCUCCGGCAAUCUUGAUCAUCCGCAGUAUAACGGCCACGGAUUUCCACCCCCUCCUCCACCGCCUCAUACCCAACCCACUCGACCUCCCUCCCAUCCCACUUUGGUCCAGGCGUCUCCGCCCUACGGUCCUCACGGCUUACCGGUUCCAUCUGCCCAGUACCCUUCUCACGUUCAAGGCUAUCCCGGACCACUACCUUCACCGUCCCUUCCGCCAUCUGAUAUUCGUGCCCUUGCGGACCCACGGAACAUACCCUCACCUCGUCAGCAUUCCAAUGGCGUUACUGGAGCAUCGCCUGUGACGAUCCCCCAGGACCGAAUCAACAGUUACCGUCCCCCACUCACACCUCAGACAACCACUGCGCCAGAGCAACACAGUUCCCGGUCCACCAGCGUCAGUAUCAGUGUCGACGUCAAGUCUCAAAGUCAGACUCCCAUGGAGCAUGGCGGCCACCACCAGCCGUGGGCAAUCAACCACGAGCAUCGCCCCAAUGGCAGCAUACCAAAUGGAUACAACCACGCCAUAAGUCCAUCACACCCCAACGGACCGCCAUAUCAUGUCCAGCCUCCACCACCUGUCCAGCAGCAGUAUGCCGCUCCUGCCACGCCCUACGCGCAGACUCCGUACAUGAACGACUAUGGCAACGCGCAGCAGAUACGGCGAAAGCAGGUGCGCGCCACCCAGGCGUGUAACCACUGCCGUUCGCGGAAGCAAAAGUGCGACGAAGCGCGACCGUGCCAGUUCUGCAGAGAGAACAACUUCGACUGCCAGUACAAGGACGUCCCGCCACCCAAGCAAGACAGAAGCAUGAUGCAACUUCAAGAAAGCGUUAACAGCAUAUCUGAAGUCCUGUCGCAGUUCGUGGACCAGUUCAACGGCUGGAAAUCCAGCGUUGAGAGCCGGCUCCCACAGCCGCGAGACCACGAAAUGAUGUCGAAUCACGCUUCGCCCGUAGCUUCUUUCUCGGCACCCCCGAGAGAGCACGGCACAUCCAGAUGGCCUACUCCCAUACAGGGAAGAGGACACAUGGGCCGGGUCAACAGCAACCUGAAGAUGGAGUCUCCCAUCGCUCCUCAUUCGAACAUGAUGUCGCCUUUGGGUGGACAAGCAUCAGCAUCUAUCAAGCAGGAGUCUCAGUUCGCACCACCUCCCCAACAGCCGGCCACACCAGCCGAGAGUGUAAGGACCGACCGCAGCCAUGCCACUGAGACCAGUCCCAAGGAGCAAACCGGUCUGCAAGGUGAUCACACAACACCUGCGCACAAGCUGCUCGACGAAUGGCAGCAAAUGAGCAUUUUCUAUCAAGGUAUUCCUUAUCUAAGAAGGCUAAUGGACAACGGUCGUGAAGUCUCGGACUACCCGAUGCAGCUUGAGCAGGAUCGCGGUCUGUUGCGCGUCUGGGGUGUUGGCGAGGGCCAAGACCUAAACGACGGAGCGCAGGGACCCGGAAGCCCGGAGAGCAGCAACGACUCCGAAGCCGCAUCACCAGCACCUGGCAAAGAAGGCCUAUGGGGCUAUCCAUUUUCUCCAGAUGCCGGUUCCGUAAAGACUCCGAUCGGCACACCUCGAGAGUACUUCCCCCAUCAGCCGCGGCAAGCCACUAGCAACGGGCUUGGCUCAGAUGGUCGGCCCGACUUCUCGCGCCCAGUCAUGUUCGAGUUGCUCAGGUCCUACAUGGAGACGAUGCACAUAUUCCACCCGUUCAUGAACGAGACCAAGCUCAGGCGCAUGUUCAAGGACUUCAGCGAUCAAUAUAGUCCUGAUGCAAGGCCUAUGAACCCCCGCUCGCCUGCUCCUGUCCAUGGCGUAAAGCGAAAACACUCGGAGAGCAACUUCGAGGGAGGAUUAGCAACAGGUCGCGGCGAGAUCGAGAGGUCUCUGCGCAACGCGAUUGUACUGCUCGUGCUUGCUCUUGGUAAAGUCUGCGCUCACACAGAUCCCUUGCCCGCGCCGAAGAACGACCGGCAUCCAUACGUCAACGAAUGGGGAACCUUUAGAGAAUCUCCACAUCCCAAUGGCGGCAGUUUCACCAGCGAGACCUCCGAUGAAAAUCGCCCCAGGAACAUCGACCUACUACCUGGCAUGGCCUACUAUGCCUACGCCACCGAUAUCCUAGGAAACCAACAAGGAGGUAACACUGUCGCGCAUGCGCAAGCUAAUCUCCUAGCUGCACUGUUCCUCAGUCAGUAUGCUCGAGUACUGGAAAGUUGGAGCUGGAUCAACAACGCGUGUCGCAUCGCCCUGGUUCUCAUCAAGGCCGACUACAGCAAGCUACUCCGUCAGAAUAGCGACCGAAGACAUACAUGGAGCGGCAAGGAGAGAUACAGACUUAACCUGGUGAUGUGUGUCUACUGGACAGCUCUCCAACUGGAAUCUGAUAUUCUGGCAGAGAUGAGCACUUUACCGCCUUCCGGCAUUUCUGCACAUCAAAGCGAGAUCAUGUACCCCGAAGGCGUCAACGAGAGUUGUUUGCAAGACCAGGAUAGCAACUUCGCGCAGCAAGAGGUGGAAGUACGCGCAGGCCCAAGGCAAGACUUGAUGAUGAAGCUGUAUUCCACGCAAACAUUCCUACGAGUUGUCCUCAACGUAGCGCAUAACGCUCUAUACGGCCCCACUGGCCGCAUGACCUUUGACCCUACCAGCUUCAAGGAGGUUGCUCAUCACGCACUUACCCACAAGGAAAUACUGGAAGGUUGGCGGAAGCUGCUCACACCGGAACUGGCCUGGUCGGACGACGAGUUACCCUCGACAGAUCUCAACAUUGCUCGUGUACGCGCCAAGUACUAUGGUGGUCUAUACAUGAUGUUGCGACCCUACCUCAAGCUCGCGAGUCACACGCUCGAGUUCCCGCCUCCCCCUCCAGGCACGACCGGUGCUGCGCAGCAUAACUCGCCAUCGCCUUAUCCAAGUGCGGCUACAAAUCGAAACGUGCAAAUGGUUGACCUCAGCGAAGACCAGCACAAGAUUAUCAAGAUCGCUUGCCAAUGUAUCGACGCCGCUAUCCGGAGUACCAUCGCAUUCGAUCGCGUAGGCGAAGAGCCAGGCAGCACAUACGAAUACUUCCAACCCACGCGCAAGAAGAGGCUUAUCGUCACCAACGUCUUCGGCACACUCCACGCGCAAUUCGGUAACAUGCUCGUCCUAGCCUCGGUCUACAAAUCCAAAUUAUACCCCCUGCUACCCAGCAAUACCUGGCUCACCAAGGCCAACCUCGCCGCCCUAUUCCGCCGCACGAUUGCUGUCAUUAGCGAUGUGGCGCAAAACUCGCCCAUCCUCCGCAUGGAUCUCGAAAUCCUCAAAAACGUCCAGAGGCAACAGGGUCUCGAAUGA